UUACCACCAUUCAAAGUCUUUCACAGGCUCUGUAACGAACAAACUGUUCAGUCGCAUUUCUGUCUCCAGACACAGAGAGGUUGAAGAUAAAUCAUGCUGGCAUCCAGGACUCUGCUGUCGAAACAAACGCUGGCUGUUCUGUCUCGCCAGCCGGCCUGCUUCGUGCACCACGGGGACUACGGCAACUGGGGGAAUACCAAUAUUGCAGUGGUUUUCUCCGGAUGUGGCUGGUGGGACGGGACUGAUGUCCACGAGGGAGUUUACACCAUGUACCACCUGAGCCGUAACGGCGCUCGCUUCCAGAUGUUUGCCCCGAACCAGCAGCAGAUGCACGUGAUGGACCACAUGAGGAAGCAGCCCGGCUCAGGAGAGAACCGGAACAUGAUGAUGGAGGCGGCUCGCUUCAGCCACGGUCAGGGGAUGACCCAGAUGCAGGACCUCUCCAAGCUGGACGUCAACAGCUUUGACGCUGUCAUCUUCCCAGGAGGCCACGGCGUCACCAAGAACCUAUGCUCUUUUGUGAAGGACGGCAAAGACUUCAAGCUGCACAAUGACGUGGAGAGGGUGCUUAAAGAAUUCCACCGCUCACGCAAGCCGAUUGGACUGGCCAGCAUGGCUCCGAUGCUGGCGUGCCGCGUGCUGCCCAGCAUCGAGGUAACCAUGGGAUACGAGAAGGACGAAAACACCCGCUGGGGGAACUGGCCAAACACAAACAUGGUGCAGGCGGUGAAGAGCAUGGGUGCUCGCCACAACGUCCGCGAGCCAUACGAAGCCUAUGUGGACGAGAAGAACAAAGUGGUGAGCACCCCGACCUUCAUGUGGGAAACAGAGUACCACUAUCACUACAUAUUCGACGGCAUCGGAAACAUGGUCAAACACGUGAUGCGUAUGUCGACUAAGUGAUGCGCCGCGUUCAGCCCGGAGAGAAGACGAUAAUAGAGGAAGUUGGGGUUGGUGUUGGACGUACACAUGUCUGCAUUUGUGGUGAAUUCUGAUCUGAGCCAAAAUAAAUGCUUUAGGAAAAGAGCA